GCUUGUGAAGCCUUUUCCACUGCUGUCAAGCUGUAUCCGCGUUAUGCUGAUGCAUUUUAUGAGCGAGGACUAUGCAGAAUGCAACUUCAGCAAGAAAAAUGCAUAUUAGAUUUCAACAAAGUGCUUGCUAUUUUACCAAACCAUUUUCAGGCAUAUUUAAGUCGUGCUGCUUUCUUUGGAAGUAAGGGAAGGUACUCUAAAGCAAUAAUGAACUGUACUGAGGCCAUCAAAAUUCAUCCUAGAAGCGUGAGAGCCCAUCUCUACAGAGGAGCAUUGAAAAUUCACAAUAAGACUUACAAAAAUGCCAUUGAAGAUUUAAAUAAAACCAUCGAACUGGACAAUAUUUGCACUUUGGCAUAUUAUAACAGGGGAGUCUGUUACCAUCAAAUGAAGGACUACAAAAAUGCUUUGAAAGAUUAUAGUAUUACUCUUCUUCUUGAGCCAAAAAAGGACAUUGUCUUGAAAGUGUUGGUUAACCGGGCAGUAAUCUACACUGAACUUGAUCAAUAUGCCAAUUCACUGGAGGACCUUACAGAGGCGACAUUGAGUAAACCAAAAGACAGUCAACUAUUCCAAGCUCUUGGAAUCUGCUAUCACAGGCUUCAAAAGUAUGAAGAAGCUGUGAAGUCAUUUUCUACAGUGCUUAGAUUAAAUCCCUUUUCUCUGGAUGGCUAUAUUGGACGAGGGAAUUCAUACAUGGAAUAUGGUCAUCAGGCUGGUUCAAAACAGGCCCAGAAAGAUUUCUUGAAAGCAAUACACUUGAAUCCAUUAUGCAUAAAGGCCAGACUUUGCUUAGGAUACAACUUACAGGGUCUUGGAAAGUUUCAAAAAGCUUGGCAACAGUUUUCAGUAGCGAUUCACAUUGAUCCAGAAUGUCACAUUGCUUAUGAUGGGCGUGCUGUAGUUUGUCUUCAGAUGGGUGAUACAUUUGCUGCCUUUCAAGAUAUAAAUACUGCACUAAAGGUUACUACCAGUGCGGAAAUCCUUACAAAUCGAGGUGUCAUUAAUCAGUUUAUGGGAUAUGUAAGCUGUGCCAUGAAGGACUAUCAGCAGGCAAUCACUGUUGAUCCUGACUAUGCUUUAGCGUACUUCAAUGCAGCAAAUGUAUACUUUCUUAACAGGCAGUUUUCACAGGCAAAAGACUAUUAUUCCAGAGCACUGACACUUGAUGCAAAAAAUGAAUCUGCAUUCUUGAAUCGAGCUAUUACAAAUACACUAUUGAAAAACUUUGAGGAAGCAAAAGCAGAUUUUGAGAAGGCAGUUUGUCUCAGCCCUUUCUCUGCAGCUGUAUAUUAUAACAAGGCAAACCUCCACAACACAUUAAAGCAAUAUGAGCAAGCUGAGGAGGACAUUUCAAAAGCUCUUGCAAUUCAGCCUUAUGAUCCCCUGAUGUAUAAACUUAGAGCUGAUGUUCGUGGCAAACUGGGUUUCAUUAAAGAAGCUAUAGCUGAUUAUAAGAAGGCUAUCAAUAUUCAAGAAUUUAUCUUCACAGGGUGA